AUGGCUAUUCCGAAUAACGAAGUGAAGGUGAUGGAGCAAAGCAAGAAACUCUCCUUCCCACGUUCAAACACUCUCUCCCUAACUCUCCGACACUUCUUUCCCUUUGCCGCUAACCUCAUAUGCCCUCCACCGCCGGCGAAGCCUUUCAUCCUCUUCACCGACGACGACUCCGUUUCCCUCACUGUCGCCGAGUCCGCCGCCGACUUCAACUUUCUCUCGGCCAACCACCCCCGGCCCGUCCGAGCUCUGCACCCGUUCGUCCCCAAGUUGGCGCCAACACGUGUGGAGGGCGACGGUACACGUGUGGGCCCUCUUCUGGCGUUGCAAGUCACCGUCUUUCCCAACUCCGGCAUCUGCAUCGGCGUCCGGUUCAACCACGUGGCGGCCGACGGGAGGGCGUUUCACCACUUCAUGAAAUCAUGGACGUUGGUUUGUAAGACCGGAGGAGAUUUGAUCCGGCUUGACCGCGAGUUAGGGCUUCCGUCUCAUGAUAGGGCAGCGAUCAAGGACCCUGCAGAUGGUGGUGUUGAGCUCGUGCUGUUGAACACGUGGUGGAGCUUGUCGUCGACGUGGGAUAUUGGCGAGGACCCAGUCCCACCAGAUGAUGGUCUCACUGAUAACGUUCGGUCCACGUUUGUUCUGAGCCAAGCUCAGAUUGAGAGGUUAAAGCAUUGGGUCAAAGAUCAAUUAUGCGACGACAAGCAGAACUCCACACCGUUUUACAUAUCGUCGUUUGUUGUCAUUUGCGCGUUGAUGUUGGUUUGCUUGGUCAAAUCAGAAGAAAUCCGAGAGAGCAAUUCCACGGAUGUUGAUGAUGAUGAUGACGAUGAUGAUGAUGAUGAGCCUCACUACUUCAUCUUCGUAGCGGAUUGUCAAAGUCGACUCCAAUUUCGACUACCAACGACUUACUUCGGAAAUUGCUUGGCAUUGUGUUAUGCACAAGUAAAGCGGAACGAGCUAUUGGGGGAAAACGGAAUCGUCGCGGCUGUGAAGGCAAUUGGGAAGGAAGUUGCGGGAUUGAAAAAUGAAGCUCUGAAAGAGGCUGAGAAGUGGAUGGCAAAAUGGAAAGAAGUAGUGGAAAGGUGGCGUCACUUCACCGUCGCGGGCUCGACGAAAUUGGGUGUUUACGAGGCAGAUUCCGGUUGGGGAAAGCCGAAAAAGAGCGAAUCGGUUCAUGUUGAUGAUUCGUUUGCAAUUUGUUUUGCUGAGAGUAGGGACGAUAUCGGUGGGGUCAAAGUUGGUUUGGCACUCAACAGAGAUGGAAUGAGCAGUUUCAGUGCUAUCUUGGAAGGAAGCUUGACGGAGUUGGUUUGA